GAGGAUGAGUGAUGUCGGUAUUGCCCUGCUAGUUAUCGCCCUUAUUGUGGUGGCCAUUGUUGUUCUAGCUGUACUUAUCCGCAUAUUCGGAAUAUAUCGAUUAGCAUCGUGUUUUGCUUCCAGUGAAGAAAAAGCGGUGUUAACAAAGAAUGAACAAUACAAUGGUUACAUGGUUGGUUCAGAGUCUUCCGAGAUAACAGGUGACAGGGGAGGGAAGUAUGUGGAAUAUGACACAAUGCAGACAGAACCUAGAUAUGUUGAUGUUGAAAGUCAUUCCCCUCCUAGAGAGGAAAGUGCUAGAAGUAGUCCAGUAUCUGGUUCUCUAGCAUCAGACGCGGAGUUUAGUCACGGAAUUCGCCGAGCUGAGUCAUGUGAUAGUGUAGCCUCGGAUUCCUCCGUGUUAGAGAUGUUACCUGAUAUGCCCAAAAUAGGUCAACUAGAAUUUGCUCUAGAAUAUGACAGGGAGGUUUCGGAACUUGUGGUCAGCAUUAUACAAGCUCGUGAUUUGACAGCCAAUCAGUAUACAGGAACUUUAGAUACAUACAUUAGAGGAAUGAUACUUCCAGAUUCAGAUUCCAAAUUUCAAACAAAGAUUCAACGUAACACGACGGAUCCUAUUUACAAAGAGCGUUUCUUGUUCAACUUUAACCCUGAAAUUUUGGAGGAAAAGACGCUUCAAUUUCAGCUGUUUGCCAUAGACAAAUAUCAACGUCAUAAAGUAAUAGGAGAAUCAGAACUUCGUAUAGGUGACGUCGAUCUCAGGAACCCUAUCAAAAUGUGGCUUAAUCUUCGAGAUAUAGACGACAAGCCAACAGAGUUCGGUGAUAUAAUGUUCUCAUUGAGUUAUCUUCCUACAGCAGAACGCCUAACUAUUGUCAUAGUAAAAGCUCGCAACCUGCGCUGGUCUGAUGCUAAAGACACAGGGGAUCCUUUUGUCAAAGUUUACUUAUUGCAAAACGGCAAGAAAGUAAACAAGAAGAAAACGACAGUCAAGCGCGGUGAACAGAGUCCGAUAUUUAAUGAAGCCAUGAUUUUCUCUGUUCCGGCAUCGGCACUUCCGACGGUUCAACUGCGGAUUACAGUAGCUGAACUACUUCCGGACAAUCGGACGCCAUCUUUGGGUCACGUGAUCGUGGGUGCUAACACUUCCGGUACGGAACUGUCUCAUUGGAAUCAAAUGAUGACGUCGUUACGAAAACCUGUAGCUAUGUGGCAUUAUUUAAGAAAAUAAUGCAGUAAUGUUAUAUACAUUUCAUUCAUGUACACAUUGGUUUUUUUAACUUUAUAAAUGACAUAUCAUUUAGUUGUGUUGUCUUUUAUUUGUUUAUGAUGAAUUGAAAAAAUAUGUAAUCACUGUGUAAUGUGAGUCAGAUCUACUGCUUGGUAUUAAUUUUUGAAUUAUGAUUAAUUUAAACAUAUGGUCGCGAUAUACAUAAUCAGCCAUUUAAUAUAAAUAGCUCUCUGUUUUCGAGACAUAUCUAUUGUCGUUUUUUGCAAUUUUUUAUACUGCCAAAAACUUUGAUCGGAAACUUGUUUAAGAAAGACACUCGAAGUGAAUUUUUUAAUUAAUUUUUUUAUCGGUUUUGAUGAAUGUAAUUCCGUUAUUGACUUCAUUUCAUUUUAUUUUAUUGUAUUGAACAAAUAUUGAUAUCAGUGAGAAAGAUGUCACGUUAUAUACACCGCCCUAUGGUAGCUAAGAUGUGCUGCUUGCUUUUAUAAACACCAAAUGGGUGGUUUCCUUUGUUUGAAGCAUUACAUUUAUGUUUUAAUAGAUACAAAGAUAGCAAAAAAUGCGACGAUUGUAAACACACAUGCUAAGUGUAUGAAGUUUUUUUUUAAUGAACUAUGGGUAUGUUUUGUAUAUACAUUAUUUCAUUGCACAGAUUUCCAGCUUUCAAGAGCUUAUAAUGUGUUUAAGUUGAACAACAUAACAUAGUAUAAAAAGUUUAAAACGUAAAAGAAUGUCUAUGUACAUGUGCAGUGAUUUGUUGAUUUUUCAUAUUUUAUCUUUCAUUUUGUUUGUUAAUCGUUUUGUCUUGUAAUAUAUAUACAUAUAUUUAUAAAUUGUUUGGUGUCCGUGUAUGUUAAAAUAACACAGCACUUCAAAAACAUAAGCAUUUGUGAUAUAUGGUAAAAGACUUUCUUUAUAAGAUUGUAUGUUUCAAGAAAUUGGAAUCUUAAACACGUUAGAUAAAGAACUUGGAAUCUUAAACACGUUAGAAAAAGAACUUGGAAUCUUAAACACGUCAGAAAAAGAACUUGGAAUCUUAAACACGUUAGAAAACGCUAUCAACACAAGAUUUGAUAAUUUGAUAAGUUUGAUAAAAGCAUGAUAGGUAUCUUGAUGGACAAAAAGCAAAGAGGACAGGACAUUGAGUUUAAAUGGGGUUUUCGGGAGAAUAAUUGAAGCUGGUGUAUACUGAAUUAACAUAUAGAGCAUUUGAACCAGUCACACUUUAAUAUGUUUAAUGCAUCGAUACAGAUAUAAAAAUAAUGGUCCGAUAGAUAAACAUCCAAACUCUUAGCUCAUAGACUUUACUUUUCUGUAUUUCUUUGCUCUUAAUAAAGAACAAAGGCCACGUACGUUAACAAAUCUAAACUUCUGCGAUUGUGUCUUCUAUUUUCUUUUUACUAUUUAUGUAUUUAUUUUUGUUAAAGUAAUUUUAAGAUAAAAUUUGAAAAAAAAAUAAAAGAAACAGAGCUAUUAACAUAUAUAAAAAUGGGUUAAUACCAGAAUGUUUUCAAUUAGACAUAUAACAUUUCUUCUGCCAGUUAAGAACUCGCAUGACUGAACAAUGUCAAUUCUAAGAAUAAUUUUAAAAUUGUGCUAAAUUUUUGAUGGGCAACAAGCUUACUAAAACCCGAUUACUCAUACACAUAGAUAGAUAUCCACGUGAUGCGCGGAAUUUUCAUUUUACUCUUGACAUGCCAUUAUAGGUACUUGUUGUACGUAUAGUAUGGCCUUGACAACAAUUUUAUUUCGUUUUAUAUAAUUUUGAAGUCUGUUUUCAUACUCAACAAGCUCA